GGUCGCAAUUUCGCCUUGAAACAGAGUGCGUCUCAAACCUCUACCUUAGCGAUGGACGAAACGUUAAACACCAAGGCAUCAAACGCCAUAGAUGGCAAUACAGAUGGGAAUGUACGUAACAACACCUGCACACACACGGCCCACCAAGAUCCGUCACCUAGUUGGAAUUUGAAGUUUGACCGUCCUCAAGCUGUCUACAGAUUUGUUUUGUAUAACAGAUAUUUUAAU